GGGCCCAGCGGCAGAAGGAGCUGCACGUGGAGAGAUGGCAGCUGAAGCCCCUGGUGAACAGGACCCUGCCUUAGGCUGCGGAGAGUCCCCCAACACUAAGGACCCCCAAUCAGCCACCAAUACGCCAGGAGAGAUGGACAAGCCGCUGAUCAGCCGUCGCCUGGUGGACAGUGAUGCCAGCCUUGCCGAGGCUGCCAGUGGGGCCCCCAAAGUGGGCAUCCUGGGCACUGGGGACUUUGCCCGGUCCCUGGCCGCACGCCUGGUGCGCUCUGGUUUCGGCGUGGUGGUGGGAAGCCGCAACCCCAAACGCACGGCUGGGCUGUUCCCCGCGGCAGCACAAGUGGUGUUCCAGGUGGAGGCGGUGGACUCCUCUGAGGUCAUCUUUGUGGCCGUGUUCCGGGAACACUACUCCUCGCUGUGUGGGCUCAGCAGCCAGCUAGCCGGCAAGAUCUUGGUGGACGUGAGCAACCCCACGGAGCAGGAGCACCUUCAGCACCGCGAGUCCAAUGCUGAGUACCUGGCCGCCCUCUUCCCCACCUGCACAGUGGUCAAGGCCUUCAACGUCAUCUCUGCCUGGACCCUGCAGGCUGGCCCAAGGGAUGGGAACAGGCAGGUGCCCAUCUGUGGUGACCAGCCAGAAGCCAAGCGUGUCGUCUCAGAGCUGGCGCACGCCAUGGGCUUCAUGCCCGUGGACAUGGGGUCCCUGGCCGCGGCCCGGGAGCUGGAGGCCAGGCCUCUGCACCUCCUCCCAAGCUGGAAGGUGCCCGCCAUCCUGGCUCUGGGGCUCUUCAUCUUCUUCUACGCCUACAACUUCAUCCGGGAUGUGCUGCAGCCCUACGUGCAGGAGGGCAAGAGCAAGUUCUACAAGCUCCCCCUGUCCGUGGUCAACACGUCGCUGCCGUGCGUGGCCUACGUGCUGCUGUCGCUGGUCUACCUGCCCGGCAUCCUGGCGGCCGCCCUGCAGCUGUGGCGCGGCACCAAGUACCGCCGCUUCCCCGACUGGCUGGACCACUGGCUGCAGCACCGCAAGCAGAUCGGCCUGCUCAGCUUCUUCUGCGCCGCCCUGCACGCCCUCUACAGCGUCUGCCUGCCCGUGCGCAUCUCCUACCGCUAUGACCUCGUCAACCUCGCCAUCAAGCAGGUCUUGACCAACAAGAGUCACCUCUGGGUUGAAGAGAAUGUCUGGCGGAUGGAGAUCUACCUCUCCCUGGGAGUGCUGGCCCUCGGCACGUUGUCCCUGCUGGCUGUCACCUCCCUGCCGUCCAUCGCAAACUCGCUGAACUGGAGGGAGUUCAGCUUCGUUCAGUCCACUCUGGGCUUCGUGGCCCUGGUGCUGAGCACCCUGCACACGCUCACCUACGGCUGGACCCGCGCCUUCGAGGAAAGCCGCUACAAGUUCUACCUGCCGCCUACCUUCACGCUCACCCUGCUGGUGCCCUGCGUCGUCAUCCUGGCCAAAGCCCUGCUCCUCCUGCCCUGCUUGAGCCGCAGACUCUCCCGGAUCCGGAGGGGCUGGGAGAAGGACAGCGCCGUCAAGUUCACGCUGCCCGGGGACCACGCUCUGGGCCAGAAGACGAGCCACUUGUGAGGACUUACAGCCAGCUCGACACCAGCCCUGGCAGGACGGCGCCUGCGCCUGUGCCUGUCAGGGCUGCUUUCUUGCUAUGGCGUAACUGUGCACAAACCGAUGGUUUGAAGCUCAAAUUCCUGGGGCGCAAAUGUAUUUAGUAAUAUUCAGAAUGACACGCACAUGUGUGCGAUACAUAGGUUCAUAUAUAUGUCAUAUAUAUAACAGGAUUUGCAAUUAUACUCACUAGCUAAAACGUUCAGGCCCUGAGAGUUCCACCUGCAGAUCUAAAAGCGAGCGCCAGGUUAGGAGAGCAGCGGCUCGCGCUGGCAUUGGCUGAGAUGCACACAUGCUUUCAGCCCAGGAAAGACCAUGCGGGGCUGGUCCCUGGUGGACUCGGCCCAUUUGUGCCUCGCAUCCCCCUUGGCUGCUUUCCCAAGGCGUUUGCAGAGCUGGGCUCUCAGGUGGCAGGGCAGACAGGGUCGGGUGGGGGAUCCUGGUGUCUGUGCCCUGGGACCCAGUUGAGGCCCUUCCUUUCCAGUUGGUGAAGGGGAAGGAGGGUGGUUGGGCUGGACGGCUCCCCCUGCUCCGCCCUGAGCUGGGAGAGUUCCCCUCACAGCCAGGAGUCACCACCGCUGCAGAUGGACCCUCCUGUGGGCGUGGGAAGGCACCUCCUCCCGGAGGCCUAAUGGGCCCAUCUUGCGAACAAGUGGAAUUUCUUUCCUCCUUGAAGCUGGUGAUGACCGGUCCUGGGACCGCUGUGCCUUCUCCCUUUAGAUCCUUAGCUUGAGUGUCUGUCGGAAGCCUGGGGCAGGCCCCGCCACAUCUGUGUGUGGGGAGGGGACCCAAGGCUUGCUCAGAGGGGCAGCUUCUCUCAGAACCACCCCCCCACACACACACACAAACACACACCCCACGCCAGGGUCUGCAGGGCUGUGUGUCUUCGUGGAAUUGGUCCUGUGGGAAACACAGGGUCUCUUCCAAUGCCCUCUGCUGCCCCCGGGCACAGAGCCUGCCUCUGAGUGAGCACCCAGAAAGUGCCAAGUUCCUCUUAAAGGAGGGGUACAUUUCAAAACAGCUGAGGCGUUUUUUUCCACCAAAGCUACAAACUUGAAAUUUGCUGCCACAAAGCAUAAGAGGCUGGACCACAGCCAGGGCCACAGGACAUGUGCCCUUGAGUCAUAUGCCAUCCCUGCCUGAUUCACCCUGAAACUGUGUUUACUUCCCCUGUGAAUGCACAGUUCUCCCCUGAACCGCGCCCCCCCCCCCCCCCCGCCCCAGCUCCUGGCAGAGCCAAGGUGUCUGUGGUUUCCACACAGAGCCCUCGGAGUUCCUGAUCCUGAGGGAGACCUCGGAGAGGCACUGUGCUCCCCUCUCAGCAGGGAGUGGGGUCACGCCCACAUUUCUUAGGUCUUCUGGGCCAGGGGACUGCAGGCAGAGGGUGCCCUGCCUGGCGGCGGGGGGGGGGGGGGGGGGGUGCGGGGGGAGCUCUGUGAGCUCAUGUCUGCAGCUCAUCAGGGUUUGUUAGUGAAAAGGGGGAAAAAGCCAAGUGCAAGGCAUCUCAUUAGGCCAGUGACUGGGGAGGGGGGAUGAGAGGGUGCAGGGAACAGAGCCAGCAAAGCUGUGGCUUCCUGCAGAUGCUGCCACCCGCUGCUCCUUGCCUCCUAACUGGGCCCUGGUGGAGCAGCCUCAGUGGCCCCCAGAGGUCUCUGCGAGUAGGCGGGCGGGCGAAGCCGCGGUUUCAGCCCUUGCUGGGCAACCUGAGGGCCCAUGCUUCCUGCUGACAGUAGCAGGAAGCUACAUGGGCCGCUGCAACCCACCAGGCUUGCCAGCCCCAGUGGAUAUUGGCUGCCUUCCUUCUCUGAGCCCCCCUGGGCCUGGGGACUGGUCCUUACACCAAAGAUGCCGACACAGCCAAGUCCAGUGCGCGCCCUCCCUCCCGCCACCUCCCACUGCAGGCGCUCAGGAGGGAAGGAUGCCCAGGUGGGUGGCGGGAGGAGCGGGUGGGAGGACCUCCCCACCCACCAACUGGAUAAGCAGCCCAUAAAAGGCCGGUGGCUGUGGGCCUGGGCUUGGCCUGGACCUUGUGUCUGCUGCUCUUCCCUACCUCACCCAGCAGCUGGCAACAGCACCCCCAAGAGAGCGAGCCGCUCUCAGAGCCUGGACAGUCUGUAUGCCUCUGGGUGCACAAGUGCCUGAACCAGCGUGCUCUGGGAAUCCGAACUGCCACGUCGGAGGUUGUUUAAAAUGUAUGCAUUGAAAGAGUCGUUUUUACCUGUAGAGCUUGUCUAAGAAGCAGCGAAAAUAAAUAUCUACCCUUUGAA